UGAAUGUGUUCGCGGAACGACUCAUUGUUGUGGGAGGGGGGUUUUGAUCUCGCCUAAGCGAGUCGAGCGAAGUUUUUUGUGGUUUGUUAUAAGCAGUCAUGAAGGAAUCAUGCUUGCAUGUAGUCGGAUAUACUUAGCCCUUCCAGCAUGAUUGCCUUGUUCUCUAUUUCUGUUCUUCUCUUUGGACUAGUACACUCUAAAGCACCUGAAACCAAUUGUACCAGGAUAGCCAAUGAAAAAUGUCGGAGGGCUUAUACUCAGAUACAAACCUUGAGUUCGGUCAUACCCCAACUUCAGAUGCUACACUCGUUGGCAGAAGGAUGUCCACCAGAGAUGACGGACUUUUGGCAGUGCAUCAAUGGCUUACCUGCUGUCAAGCAAAUGAUGUCAUGGCCAGGGAAAGCUUGUUGCGAAAUGGCCAAACAUCGUGAAUGUCGUAAAAAGUGUUCUAUGGCUGAUAGCAAGGAGGCAAUGAUGAAAGGAUGCCGUGAAAACUCGGAGUCCUCCUUGUUUACAUGUGUCCACAGCCAAGAAGAUGGAGACCAAUGCUGUAGUAAAGCUGUGGGCACUUCCUGUGGCAUUGUCUGCCGUGGCGUCUAUUUGUACGGAGUAAGCAAUCUUCGACAAAUCAGGAACAUUCUCAGUCAGCAUUGCACUGACCAUGAUAAAAAAGUGGAAACUUGUGUACUACGUCAGUGGCAGCCCCAGAACAACAACACACAGCGAUCCCUUCUCUGCUGUGAUAAAACUCAGAUACCUGGAUGUCAGUCCAACUGUCGUAAAAUCUUGAAUACCAUCAUGUCUGAAGACGACAGGAUUGAGGAGCUGAUAAAAGUUUGUUCACAACCUCUGCCUACUGAUCCUAUGUGGCAAUGUUUUCUGACAAUCAACACUGGUCCAAAGAGGAAUGACACUUUACCGAUGAACCGCAUUGAUAAUGCCAAGCUGCAGUGUUGUUCUAAAGCAUUCGCCAGUCGAUGCAGAGAAUUAUGCACACAGACAUACAAGAAAGGAUGGUCUUAUCAUUCAGACUUUGAGAGUGCCUGCUCCUACCAACAGCCAAUGUCAAUAGCUGAAGCAAACAUGCACAACUGUCUUACAGAUGUGGAUCAGCCUUGUAAACUGGGAUGUAAUAAUUUGUCCUUCUGUACAAAUUUUAACCGUCGGCCUACUGAACUGUUUCGAAGUUGCACAGCAGAAGCAGACGAGGAUGCUCAGAAAACAUACAACACAUGGAAGAAAGGAGUCAUUCAACUUUCUCAGAUGACCAUCCCUGUAAAAGAUAUUGGUCAGUGUAAGCCUGCAAUGUGGAAAGCUAUAGCGUGCACCUUGGAAAUUAAACCAUGCGCUUCCCAUCAGAGUAUUAUAAAUCUUUGCAAGGAGGACUGCCUCAAUAUUCUCAACAUGUGUAUAGAUGAGAGUAGGUUGUCAGGGGAGCAAACUGUGCCAGCUCUUUGUAAUGCUCUCCCAUCUAAGACUGUCCCAGGGGCGUGUGUUUCAAUGGACCAGUACAUGACUGAGAGUCCAUUUUCAAACAGAGAGGAAGUCACUCACCCUUGUCACCCUAACCCUUGUGCAGCAGAUGAAGUAUGCCUAGUCAGGCGAAGAAAGUGCAAAGAGUCCCACAGCUGUGAACCUUACAUUUGCCAUAAAGCCUGUCCACUUGGUCAAGUCUCGAAGGUCCUAGUGCCCAAAGGGUCAGACAUCAGACUGGCUAAUCAUGACACAGACAGCAACAAACAAGAAGAUUGCUACCUGGCAUGCCACUGCAGCAGUAAAGGCGUCAUAGAGAACUGCAAACAGCUGACCUGCAUGAAAAGAAAUGCCUGUCUUAUGGGUCAUGAUAACAGCAAAGAACAUGGUGUUCAGUUCUCAGUGGAUGACAACAAAUGUAUUUGUAAUUCUGGCAAAUUGCUUUGCUUCAGAAAGACAUGUCAACCUGAUAACCAGUCCCCAUUAUAUCAAGGAAUGCCCAGUAAUUGUCCAACAAAUUAUGAGCCAGUGUGUGGAAGCAAUGGUAAAACCUAUCCCAACUCCUGCAUGGCCAAAUGCACUGGUGUCUUCAGAGGCAUUGCCAAUAGAGCCUGCAGUGAUGAAGAUGUGUGCAUCCAGAAGCCCUGCCCCACUGGCACUAGAUGUGUGCCCAGGCCACAGAUUUGUCUGAAUGAGUUACCUGGAGGUUUCUGUCCUCAGUAUGAAUGUGUGAAUGAAAGUGGAGUAUGUAACAGCCAUCAUCAUGAUCCUGCAUGUAGCGCAAAUGAGGAAGAAUUCACAAAUGUUUGCCUUUUGUAUGCUCAUAAAGCCACUCUUGGUUACAGAGGCCAUUGCCAGACUGGUUGCUCUAACACUGGUGUUGUCUGUGGCCAUGAUGGAGAGACAUAUAGCAGUGAAUGUGCCGCCUUGGCUGCCAGAGUGACUGUAGACUACUUUGGGAAAUGUAAAGCUUUUGGCAAUGUUGCAGGCUAUACAGGCAGCUCUACAACAUGUAUUGGGGUGGAAUGUCCAGCUCUACAUCCACUCGGCUGUGAUGGUAUUACUCCACCAGGAGGGUGCUGUCCUAUUUGUGCUGCCCAGUUAAGGAUUUUGUGGGACCCAAGGCUAAUGUCAGCAGCUGCCUUGCACAGUAAAUCAAGAAUUAUCUCUGCCAUGGAUGUCUUGAACAGUCUGUCAGAUCACAUUACAGUCAAGGAGUGUGAUGUGUUUGGCUACAUUAGCAUACACUGGGAGCUAGUUGUUAUUAUAGCCCCUACAGUACAACAGGCCACAGCCUUACAGGUGGAAGCAUGCCAAGGUGAAGCUGAGCGUAUCUACAAUCUGAUCCAUAUGGGCAGUCCAAACAUUGUUUCUUACUUGAAUCUCUCACCUUUAAUCCUGGUGACUAUGGAGCGCUCCAGGGUCAACUUGCCCUACACAUCAAAUUACGGAAGUUCCUGGGAUAAUAGCAAUUUGCUAGACCCCAACAAGAACUCAGCAUUUGUACCUCAAAGUUGUUUAACUCACAUACAUUGUCUAGCAGUACUUUACAUUCUUUGGAAAGUAGCUUUACAUUUAGGACAAUCUUAGUGGCAAGGAAUAAUGAGAACAACAAAAAAACUGCAGACAUUGUGAAUCUAACACAUGGGGAAAACAAAUUCUGAGAUAAUUGGAGAAAAUUUGUGAUUGCAAUGUUCAUAUCAUUCACUAAACUGGCAUCCUUGAGAAGUGUGUACACCAGCAAGUUGGUGUACCCAGUAAAAGUAUGAAGUUUAAGUGUACCAAGUUAAAGUACCAAGUUCAAGUGUACCCAGUUAAAGUACCAAGCAAGAAUGUUGAUGAAAAGAAAGUUCCAGUAUCUAAUUAUAUUCCAGACUUGGUUAUUCUCAUCUUAUCAAUAUUUGAGAUAAAAGAAGUAGAAAAAAGGAUUGUAUUAUUAUUUAAUAACAAUUCAUUGAUAGAUCCUUUAGAGUAUUACAUUAAUUUUAACAAAAGAUUAGCUUACAACUGUUUUAACAUGCUUGUGAAAUUUCUCCAAGCAAAACUAAAAAAAAACAGUUUCCAUUAGAGAUCAGUUGUAAAAAAAAAAGUUAAAUGAUAGAAUAAUGUUCAGUUUGCACGUUUUUUUUUUCAGUUAACCAAUCAGUAGCAUAGUUAACAUUUUUCAGUUAACCCAUCAGUAACAUAGUAAACAGUGAUAUUUAUAUAGAGACUUCAAUGAAGUAUGUGUGAUAGAAAGAGUUAUACUGUUUUAUAGUCAAUAUUUUGUUCACAAAUAACUUAUACAUGCUAUUUAUAUACAUAUAUCUAUCUCUAUGGUCUAUGUGUUGGAGUGUGUUUGGUUGACUUUAUUACUAUAGGAAUUUUUUUUUUAUUUGUGUUAUUGCUUUUUUUUUUUGUUUGUUUGUUUGUUGUUAUGUUUUUUUUGUUUUUUUUUGCACAAUUGUUUUAGUCAACUAUGUAUAGUUUGGACUACAAAGUCUCAGAUCCUGGGCUAAAACCAAACAAACUAAUCCGAUGAAAACUAAUCAGUUAAUACUAUUUCUAUUUCGGCUAGGCAAGGUUAAGUUCAGGAGUUGAUUACGGGUAGACCACUGUGUCUUUCUUCAAGUCUAGAAAGAUUGUCCUUGUCUUCUUUUUUUUUUUAAGCUGUCAUUCUGAAUUUCUUUUGGUGUCAUUCUCAGUCCAAAUGAUUUUGUUGAAUCUAGCAAAGAAAUAUACAACUAGUACUAAACAUAGAGUUUCAAAGUUUAUGAGAUUCACAUUAUUGAAUUUAACAUUUUAAUGUAAACAUAAUUGAGGUUAUUGAAAAGGAUUUUUUAAUCUUCUUUCUGCUAGCUGUUGUUGUUGUUUUUUUAUAUUUCUGUAUAUUUUUUUUUUAAUGGUGACUGAUUUUUUUUUAUGUUGAGCAAAGAUAGAAACAAUAUUUUUAAUAAUAUUUUAAAUUUCUUGAUGUCUUAACAAAUAUUAGAAUUUUAUGUGUUCAAAUCUUUUGGAAAUUUUUUUUAUUAUUAGCGCUGUCUACCAGGAAAAAAAUGAUAAUGAUGCUUCUAAUUUCUAUUGCUCCAUUGUCAGGAUGAUCAGCUUUAAUUGAUAAUGUCUUCUACAUGCUUGUACUUUGUUUUUCUUUUGUGGCAGAGCAUCUACUGUUACCUUACCUUAAAUGGUAUUCAAAACAUUUGUACUUAAAGCUUUAAACAUAUUGAGGUGUCUAGAUCCUAGGACAUUUAGAGCAUAAUGGAAAUGACAAUUUAUACAUAUAUAUAUAUCUUUUGAGCAUAAUACAAUCUUUGAAAUAUGUGCCAUCUUUUUUGUUGUUGUCUGAUAAGAAUGUACAAAAUAUGAAGAGAUAAUAAUGUGAUGUUUAAUGCUGUGUACAUAAUUCAUUCUUUACAUUUGUCCUUUAGAUAAUCUCAGGAGUUGUACAUUUAUUUUUAUUUUAAUUUGGUUUCUUAACCUGUUUUGUUUUUUUUAAUGAAUAUAUUAUAUUUUUUAAAAUUGUUAGUGAAUAUAUAAAGCUAGGAACAUUUUCUCUACAAUUAAACCCAAUUAUUUAAAAAAAAAAAAAUGUAGCUUGUUGAAGAAAAUUCCGUAUUGGGCUAGAAUCUUUUUGAUACAGGAAAAGAAUAUUCAUCAGUCAAUAUUAUUAUAUCUGAAUUAAAGUAGCCCCCUAUUAAGGCAAUUAAUUAAUGACAAAGUAAAAUGAUUGGUAUAGAUUAUUAAUAAUGUUUUUCUUUCUCUUUAUUUACAAACUACUAUGAACAAAUGUGUAUAUAAAUGAUUGUAUAUUUAUUAUUUAUAUUUAUCACCUUUUCCCAUGUUUGUUGCAAACGUAUUCUAAUUUGGUUGUAUUUACUUGUAUGAAUUUCGUUUGCCAUUAAUUCAGAGUGUUCUUUGAGUCCUGCAGAUAAUACUCAAGAUUGUUCAAUUCAAAGAACAUUUGAAGUCAUUCCUAAAGAUUGUUUCAGAUAUGUAUGAUCGUCUUUGUACAACUAACAAUACCAAUUCCCUGUCAGUAUUUUGUCUUAUUCCAUAUAUCUAGUCACCUAGAACACUGGUUUACUAAUCUUCAUAUGAGUCUGGCACAUCUUAUCUUAUCUUAUAUGAUACAGACGUUACUUCAAAAAAAGAAGAUGAUUACGUCCUACACGUCAUGCAUUCAGUUUCCAUGCCUGUGAGCAAAUACACAAGAUUGUUCUAAAUACUACCGGUAUUUAAAUAUGAAUAGAUCCACAGUGAUCCACAAAGGAUUGUUAAACUAGAAUAUGAUCUGGGAAUUUAAUUUAAAACUAUAGACAUGGGCUAAUAAUAUUAAUUUGGCUGUCUCAAACCAUGUUGAUCUGUAAAUGAGGUUAUAUUUAUCGACUAUUUUAAGAGUUAGCACACUAGGUCUGAAAUACUAAUGGAAAAUAUUGAGCUAAUCUAUAAGAUAAACUGAAGCCACCAACUAGACUGCUUCUAACUUUUCUUUUGCUAACAAAAUUGUAGGUCAUGAAAGUAAAAUAUGUCAUUUAUUGUCCUGCAUUGGAAACAAGAGCCAGUCACCUUCUUUUUAAUUUCUUAUCAUUUGUGUAUGGAAAUGCUAUGGGAAAUGGGUAAAAAAAAGUUUAUUCUGCCCUUCAGAUCACAAGCCUCAAGUCAUCCUAGUCCAUUUCUUCUAUAUUUACCCUUUUCUCGUUUUCACUAGUGACCUCUGUUGCAUCCAGCAUGCUACAAACAAAGUCUUGCCAACUCACAUUGCAAAAACAAAAUAUUUAGUUCUCAUGGCACAGCUCUAAGAAGGUUUUUUUCUUAUUGUUAAAAUAUUUACAUAAGCAUCACCCAUACAUAAUCCUUGGUGUACCUUUAUGUACAUAUUUCAUUUACACAUUUUGAUACGAAGCAGGCCAAUUAUUAUUUUAAUGUAAUUAUAGUUUUAUACAUGUUUUCAUAAAGAAAUUUUGUUUUUAAAAGAACUGCAAGCAAUCAAGUUUAUUAUUUCAUUUUGUAUUUAUGUGUGACAGUGUAAAACAAAAGUAUAAAUUCUUAUCUGACAUAUCAAAAAAAUUUUUUUAUUGUGCUAGGAAUAACCAAGUGACCAUUCUGUAUGAGCACUUUGCUAUUAUAAUAUCAAGUUCUCAUCAGAGACCAUUCUAUGUGUGCAUGUACAAUAGGUUAAUUUUUGUUAAAUAAACACUUAUGUUGAUUAAUGGUAAAAAAAAAAAUAAUUUUUCCAUUGUUUUGAAAAAAGCUAUUUUAGCACCGCUUUUAACAUUUCUCUUUAGAACUGUAAAUACUUUUUGAAAAGUUCAAAUUUAGAUUUAAUGUUGACAACUUGAAGUCUCCAUGGAUUAUAUUUUAUAAAGCUUUAAAAACAAUAGGCUUUGCCUAGAUCCUUUCUUAUAAACUGAAUUAUUGUCCAGGCUCUAAGUGGGCCUCCAUAAAGCUGCACAGAUUAGUUUGAAUGAAUCAACAAUUGAUGUUAGAAUGAAUCAAUGUGGAUGCCUGAAUGAUUGAUGUUGGAUGAAUUCAAGAUUGAUAUGUGAAUGAUGAUGUAUACAAUGCUUGACAAUCACCUUUCAUAAUUGUUUCUCAGUUUGUUUUGAAAUAUAAAUAUGAAUAUAAAUGAUCUAUUGCGUCAAGAUCUACAUUAUAUAAAUAUUUUGAUUUCUCUGUGAAUUAUUUUGGUCAAUAAAAUGUGUUAAAACCUAACACAGAUAACAGAGUCCAGAUUUUGAGUUAUUCCAAUAAUUGUUUGUCUGUUUUACUUCAUCUUUCAGAUGUUUCUUUAGAAUAGAAGAUGAUUACAUCCUACCCUAAACCUCCCAUAGGACAGUGAGGGAUGUUAGCAGGCAGGGUUCAAACCUGGGAAUAUCUAGACUACAGUCCAGAGUACUUACGACAUGAUCAGGCAGCUAUAUGCAUAUUCUAUUUCAUUCCUUCAGCCUACCAUACUUAACUUAAAGAAACAUCAUGUUAAUUUUUUUUUAAUUUCUGAGACAAGUAGCCAUAAGUCUACAACAACCACCAUAGAGUCAUCAUGUUGAACUAGACAAAAAACAAUGUUUUUCUUCACCCAAUUGAAAAGUCAGGUACGGGUAGUUGUUUCAAAAAGCAUAUUAAGUUUGACCUUAGAGAUAUCAAGCUUUAAAAACACUUUUUUUUUAAAACUCUCUAGAUUCUAUAUAUUAGAAUCAGUAUUUGAUCAGUUAUCUUAAAAAUUAAAGAUAUUACUUCAAAAUUUAGUUUGACCUUUAAGAUAUCAAGCUUUAAAAACACUUUUUUUUUUGUAACUCACUAUAUAUUAGAAUCAGUAUUCGCUCAGUUAAUCUUAAAAAUUAAAGAUAUUACUUUUCAUUUUCAUUUGUCAAUUUAGUCAUGCAUGUUAAUCAGCAACUUAAACUCUGCUAAGUUGUUGGUUUUCCUGGCUGAUUCAAGCAACCAACUCUAUGCUCUAACAACACUAAAGAAGAACGAUCACUUUAGGACUUUGUCCUAGCAAAUGGAAUAAGACAUGUAUCUUUUUGAGUAUUUAUUAGGUUUUGUAUUUGUAAAUUAUGGUUCAUUGUUUUAUGUAUUAUCACUACUGGUACUUUAUUAUUUAUUCUUCUGUCCUGAAGUGUCUCUAAAUUUAGUGAUUUUACUAAUGAUGUUACACUAAUCAAAUGUGAGUAUUCAUUUGUUAUAAAUCUCAUGGCACUAUUUUUUUUUCCCUUGACCACAUUUCUUUGUUUUCUUGAGUUAUGGGGUCCCAAACAGAGGAGGCAUAUUCUAGUAUUCACCUAAGGUUAAAUAGCUUUUUUAGUUUUAUGUUCCUGUUUGAUUUGUACAAAUUUCUUUAAAUAAACUCUAAUGUUCGUUUGAUUUCUUAAUUUAACAAUAUUUGAGUUCCCUAACUUCUCAUGUCUUAUUACACUUGGUACUUGCAGACUUUAGUCUGUGUGACUGGUUUACCAUGAAUACAAUAAGUAGUUUUUAUUUGUUACAGUUUUUUUUGUUCUUCUUAUAAUUUGCAUUUUCUGGGUGGAAAGACAUGCUCCAAUUUGAUUCCCAUUUCUAUCAUUCUUUUAAUUCUCUUUGUAAAAUUUUAGGAUCUUGUUUUUUUUAUUGUUCUAUAUAUUAUGCAAUCAUUUGCAAAUAACCCGAGUUUUGUUCCUGAACUAAUCCAAUUUUGUAAGUCAUUUAUGUCAAUUAGAAACAGUAGUGGGCAUAAGACUGUUUCAUGAGGUACACCUGAGUUUACUAUUAUUGAUGUUGAUUUAGAGCCAUUUAUUAUUACAGUUUGUUCUCUCCCUAUCAUGAAAUUCUGAGUCCAUUGAUGUAAUGCCAAAAUAUUUUUUUUUAGGCAAACCAUGUUGAUGCACUUUGUUAAAUGCCUUACGAAAGUCUAUUCAAAUGGCCUAUUUGAUGUUUAUCUAAGAGGUUUAUGAUACUGCUUCAUAUGAAUUGUUCUAAAAUUUUACAGUGAUCGUUGUUAGUGAUCCAGGAUCAGAUAUUUCUCCAUUUUUAAAUAGGAGAGUGUCAUAAGCAGUAUUACACCUGUCUACACAGACAUUGAUAUGACCUACAUAUUUUUACACAAGCAACACAGACAAAACCAAUGUCUGCUCAUGGUUGAUGUUAGUUGCCUUUUCACCAGUUUUGAGCUGUAGCUUUCCUCAGUCUAAAAUGCAUAUUCGGCAGACUUGUGUUCUCCAGCUGUCUCUUUCAGAAAUGAGGUGUUCUCUAUCACAAUUAAUACUAAUGGAUCAAGUUGUUCUGCCAUGUGUGUGUACAAAUUAAGCUAUUUUAGUGAAAUAAGUUUUAUAGGAUUUAUGUAAUGAUUGAAGCCAUGCUUCAAGGGAAAGUAGUCACAUUUACACUUUUAAAAAAUGGUCUUUUAAUCUAGUUGAUUGAAUUGUUUGAUAGUUGACCCCUCUUGGAAUAAAUUAAGAUAAAACAAGGGAAUUAUGUAAAUAAUUCUGUGAGGCAAGAAAACAUCAAGGUCAGAAGUUUUCAUGGUGAUCAAGACUUCUUUAAAUAUUUGUCUAGAAACUAAUAUUUAUGUAUAUUACAGACCUACUAUAGUAGUUUUGAGUUGUGUAUGUUGGCAUGUGUGUUUGAUGAUCCACUCAGUUUCUUUUUUUUUAAUCACUUAUUGUAAAUUAACAUACACAUGUAUUUUUAUUGUUUGAAUCAUUUUUAUGAAUGAUCUACUGCCAGGGACAUAAUUUAAGCCAAGUGUAGAUUAGUAAAACUUAAGAACUUAAACGUAGUUAAUUCAAAACUAACAUUGAAACUGCUCAGCUGACAGUUUCUGAUCAAUGAACACUUUCUGCUUUCAUUUCCUGGCAGCAACUAAAUGCCAAGAAAACAUAAAACCAGGAAUGAAAGAAAAAAAAAAGCAUGCUGAAGGCCAAAGAAUGCAAUAAAUCAUUUAUUGAAUACCUUGAAGUAAUGCAUGUGUGUAGUCCUAAAGUACAAAUUUGAGAGCUGCUGGUACAUCUGUACAUACAACAGGCAAAGACAUAGAUACAGGCGCCACAUUUCCAGUACAGUAAGAGACUUAUGCCUUCCACAAAGCCAGAAUCAUAGAAAAUACUGUCACCAUAGUAGUUGAAAUAAACAUUGCAUUAAACCCAAAAACGCUAUUUGUCUGUGUGUGUGUGUGUAUAAUCAUGAAGCACUAAACAAAAGACAUGUUGAAUGAAUACAAGGCUGAACAGCAUAACCUGCACUUUGUAAUAUUGUUGAUUGGACAGUGACAUGGUGAUGGUAAUACAGCUUUCUAUGGAAAUCACAAUAUGGUUACUAAACAACUAUAGAGCCAAGCAUUCUAAAAUACAAGAGCUACAUUAUAGUUUCAAUCCACAGUUAAUAGAUACAAGUUUGAACGCAUGGAUGCUGAGUAGUUAUAUUUAUAUAUAUGUCAAACAUUCUCUCUCUCACUCACUCUUUUCAUCUUGUUCUUACAUAGCCAGACACUUGGGAUUAAAUAGUAUACACAUUCACACAAAGACAAGCGCUCAAUUGGUCAGUUACUUCUGUUCUCACAGAAACACAUACACAUUCUCCAAUUGGUUUAUGCAGACAACUGAUAUGGGGUCAAUUCAAAUUCAAGUUUGAUUUCAGAUAAGAUUUUUUUGUAAUAGCUAAAAACUUAAAGAAGAUGAAAAUCAAUUUUAAUUGAAAUGACUUUAUAAAUUGAAAAGAAAAAAAUUAUGAAAGGUUAUUUUAAUUAUUACUGUCAAAAUGUUUUUUUUUCUCCCAGUAACAAAUUAAAUUUCAAAGCUCUCUUAUGGCAAAUAAUAAUGUGUUUUUAAACAUAUGCAGAAAUCAAUGACAACAUUUAGACGCAUAGAUUGACAUGUAUAGGAGUAAAAAUGUAUAACAUGAUAUGAAACAGCUCCAAUCACCUUAGUCCAAAUGAUAUAGUUGGCUGCAAUACUUGCAAACACAAAGAAACAAAGAAUUAAUUUGUCAUAAAUAAUGAACCAUCCAAAAAAAAAAAAAGACAA